GCACAGAGGCAUUGAGGUUUAAGGUGCUUGAACACAAAAUAGAGAAAUUGCAAAAGGCAACGCUCACUCAGCACUUUCAAACUGGUUAAGAUGUGAUAAGUGCUCUGACACAGGACACUUUGGGGGUUUAUGAACUGUAAACAUGUCACACAUACUACUUCAAUGGAUUGUGAUUCAUAUUUGUAUAGGUGAGUGGCUAUUAAGAUUCAUUAUUCUUUUUAGAUCAUGUAACAAAAUAGAUUCUAUUUUGUACCUUCUGUUUUGCAGCGAGGAGAAGAAAAUCCCACAUAUUUAAGCUAAUAAAAGAAUGUCUAAAAUUAUAUGUGUUGGUAAAGAGUAGACUUUUGGAAUUCUGUUUUAGUGGUCAGAUUGUUUAAAAAUAUUUCCAGUGAGUCUCAGAAGACAAUUCUGGGUUAAAUUGUUGCUAUAAUCAAGUGUUGCCUCUGUGUGUGUCAUGGUUUGUUUGUUGUGUGUGUGUGUGUGUGUGUACGUACGUUUAAGCCAGUCAUUAGUUUAGCCAAUGAGCUAAAAUAGUUGUAAAGUAUUGCAAUGAAUUGGCCUGGUACACUGAAACAUCUAGUUUGUUGUAUUAGUGGUCAAAUGGCAUUGUGGGAUGGGAUAUAGGAAGAAAAGGUUGUUCUUAGAGUGGAUGUUUAUUAGUUACCUUUCUGUCUGAGGACCUUCAACCUCAGAAUAACUAUAUUGUGGAAUCGCUUUAGAAGAGCUGUGAUAGAAAUGUAACUUCUAGUUGUGAUACUAGAAGAACAUUGAUCUGUCCACAGAACAUAACCACAAGUUUUAUGUGCAAAUGCUUUACUGUAGGGGAAACAGGAAUUUGUCACUUUGCUGAUUUUGAAAACAGUAAUAAAAAACACAAAAUCGUUUGGGCACUGAUAUGCACAAUAGGCGAUUUGUAGGAAGAAUAACAUUUUCAUAGUGAUAACAUUACAAUUUGAGGACUAAAAACAUGCCAUCUGUCACGUAACACCACAGCUUCUCUCAUUUUACACUACAGUCACAAAUGGAAUCUCCAUGUUAGCUCAAAUUACAAUUUUAUCAAUGAAAAAUUCAUAAUAAUUGACAUUAUGUCUAUUGACAUUAUGUCCCAGUGUAACUCACAAGGAGAUCUGGGCAACCCAAAACUAUGGAAUACUAAGGUUCAAGGCUCUUUCCCCAAAUAGAAACAUCUUAGUCAUCAAAUCAAGUCAAUGGAAACGAGUUACUUAAGUUCAGUGGCUGUACCCUGAAUAUGAGUAACACCAUUAGAAUUCCAGUUCAAGAUUUUCAGUUUUCAAACACCAUGGACAUUCACUACAGAUUGUUAGUUCACUUGAAAUAAAAUGUUCUGCUGCAUAGGCUAUGCUAGGAAGGGGAUAAAAAAUGCUGAAUGAUAGAUGAAUAGUCAUACAAGAUUGAACUCCAUUAAAAGUAGACUCAGAUAUUUCAGGUAUAUAUAUUUUUUUAAAAGAUUAGGCACCUCUGUUAUAAUUUUGUGCUGCUAAGAGCAUUUACAAUAAAAAGUAAUACACAGGAAUGCAUGAACAUGAAGAUCUAAAACUGACUAAAACCAGCAACACCAUAAAAUGCAAGUAAAGCCAGCAGUAGUGAAUAACCUUAAUAUAAAGGAUUAAAAAACAAACCACUAAAAGCUUCUAAGAUUCUAUAAUGGAAAGACCUGGGUAAAUUUUAAAGAGUUAUUUACCUAGUCUUGAAUGUAUCCAACCUAGGUGCCAGGCAAGACUGUCUAAGAAGGGCAUUCCAUAACUAGGGUGCCAUCACUGAGAAGGCCCUCUCUCUAGUAGACACCUGUUGCACCUUGUUGGGUGGGGGUACCUGUAGAAGGGCUUCAGAAGAUCUGGGUGGCAGGAGGUGCUGGUGCAAUGCCACCCUGCUACCCCCUGACAGUGGCAUUGCACCAUUUACUGGAAUAGGGAGGAGUGGGCUAGUGUUGUGGCAAGAUUGGGGCUGCGUGAGCACACUGGUAGGAGUGGCACGUUGGUGAAGUGGCACUGCAUUGUCCUUGCUACUGCUCUGACCCACCCCUACACCACUGUUGGGAUGGAAUGGCAUGGUACUACCCCACUGUGCCAGCUGAUUUUGCUGGGUAAGUAUAUAUGGGGAGAGCAAUCCUUCAGGAAGCCUUGUUCCAUGCUGUUUCAGGCUUUCAACACAUUCCAGCAUUUCAAGCUGGGCCUGGAAGCUAACGUGGAUGGCAAAUUCCUGCUCAAUUACAGGCAUAGCGGUUGGUUUUGGUUACUAAUCCUGCUGCCCUAUUUUGGACCAACUAACUUUUCUGGAUUGUUUUCAAGUGUAUAUAAUACAUUACAGUAAUCCACACAGGAGGUUCCCAGGUUGUGGCUAUCUCUGAUUUAUCUCUCAAUAUGCAGACCCCUAAAUCUCAACAGUAGGGCUAAUCUAAAAGCUGGCCCUUUCUAUUCGUCAUCGCUGAAAUUUCUACCGUUAACAAUAAUUUCAGUGGGAGCAGACCUUUAAUAAACAGCUUAGGAGAACAGAAUUCUUAGACGUCCCCUGAAUGUUCUUAUACAUAGGUUAUCAGUUCUUUAUGCUAUAUGCCAUAAAAUAAAAAGUUGUUGGUCAAUGCCAGUGUUGUAAUGAUGGGCCAAUGCCCUUGCUUUCCAUUUCAUUACCUACUGAACUUCCCCCCACCCCUGAAAUUAUUUUAGCCUGCUUCGUAAUGAGAGCAUUACUGGAAUGUGUAAACCCCACGGGCCAGAAGCAAUAUCAUCCCAAUAACAUAUCCUAUAGCAAGACAGUGCCGUCCUAAUAUCACCUGGGGAGUGUUGCAUGAAAAUUAUGAGGGCCCAUUUGGAGGAGCCUCCGCAUCUUUCCUGGGAGUGUUGCCAAGAGGAAAUGACAUUCACAGAUCUCCGGAGAAGAACCGCUCAGCAGAAUCAAGGCACAGCAUUUCAUGCCUGCGGCCCUCUCUGGGAGAGCUGAGACGGGUAGGGAUUAGAAUCACAGGGUCGUUUUGCCGCUUCAACAACCAGGAACAGGAGCAGAGGGGCACUGUGUAGUUUGAGCAGCCAGAGGCAUUGCACUGACCCCCCCAUGCCCUCUACUCAGCAAAAUAUUAGAAGUCACUUCAUACAGAGGACAAGAAAGGUAUGGAUUAUAAAUUGUCUAACUCUAGGGUAGAGCAGGCUAGGAAAGGAUGAAACAAGCACAAUGUUACAAAUCCUUGUUUCCUUGACCCUACUGAAAUGCAAUGAAGUUAAGCAGGUAAUUUGUUCCACCUCAUAGAACUUUCUUUUGUCAGAGCGCCUUAAGCAAAAGGGAGAAUAUGAGAGAGUCCACAUUCUCUGUGUUUCAAGCAUUACAAAGGGAGUUCUGACCUCAUCCCCAAAACACAAGAUGCUUUGGUCACAGAAGUACAACUCACUGUUCUAGUGUAAACUGGCAUCGACAGUGGGGAUGCCAGAAUCUACUUACUUAAAAAAACAAGGGGUGGAAAGCUACAGGUGUUCUGGACUACAACUCUCAUCAGCCUCAGCCAGCAUGGCCAAUGGGUAGGAAUAACGGAAGUUGUAGUUAAGAACAUCUGGAAGGCAACAGGUUGCCUGCCUCUACUGAAAAUGAUUCAGGAAUGACUAGGAAAUCUAAGGCAGAUGGAAAACAGGCAAAAAAUUAAAAAUAACCUAAGCAUGAUUGGUCUUGGGAAUUACAGCUGAGAUGUGUAUAGGACUGGGGUGUAAGGCAUGAUAAAUAGGAUUCCGAUUCAUGCAAUAAUAAGUGAAGCGUUGUCUGAUAAAAAUAUUCUCCCUCUAUCAAUCCACUGUGAUCAAAACACAUGUCAAAUGGACUUGCUGCUUGUUAGUUUCAACUGGGUUUUAGUUUAGAUUAUUUGUUUCAGACUACAGUGGUACCUCGGGUUAAGUACUUAAUUCGUUCUGGAGGUCCGUUCUUAACCUGAAACUAUUCUUAACCUGAAGCACCACUUUAGCUAAUGGGGUCUCCUCCUGCCGCCGCGCCGCCGGAGCACAAUUUCUGUUCUUAUCCUGAAGCAAAGUUCUUAAUCUGAAGCACUAUUUCUGGAUUGGCGGAGUCUGUAACCUGAAGCGUAUGUAACCUGAAGCGUAUGUAACCCGAGGUACCACUGUAUUGAUAUGUUAUAUUGAUUGUUGAACUUAAUUAUUUUUAAUUGUAUGUUGCUUGGUUAUUAAACACCUUAAAUAAAUAAAUGUAAAGGUGUGCUUGAUUUCUAUAUACAUAACAGAAAAGUGACGAACGCAUUCAUAUAUAGCUAACAAUUUAAAUAUAUAGUUUUCCCGGAAAACUGGUUCCUUCAUUUCAGGAAAGCAACAUUACAUUUUAUGGAGUAAAAUAUUCUUGACCAUUUUCUCUGUUCUUUUCUUCUCAGUGGAUACCAUAUCUGAAACAGUAGUAAGAGGGGUGGUGGGCCAAGCCAUCAAACUGCCAUGCACCUAUCCUGUCCAAAACAGCGAUGACCUUACUGAUAUGUGCUGGGGCCGAGGCAGCUGCCCGAAUUCUAAAUGCAGCAACGAAAUUCUCCGCACGGAUGGAAGGCGGGUGAUAUCAAGAAACUCACAUAGGUACCAGUUAAGGGGAUCUGUGACACGGGGAGAUGUGUCCCUGACAAUUACAGGUCUAAAUGAAAGAGAUAAAGGAUUGUACUGCUGUCGUAUUGAAAUCCCAGGCUGGUUCAAUGACAUUAAAAUGACCUUGAAUCUACAGGUUAAUAGAGGUGAGUGGAAUUAUUAUCCUCUGCCCAUUUUCCCCAUCCUAUGAGAAUUAUGAAAAGCAGAUGUUAGGUUUCUCUGCACUACAAGUUCACUGUGUGGGGAGUCUGUGGACCAUUGUUCAGCUGCAGUUGCAGCAGAGCUGAACUAUCUAAUCAAAAAUAUUUUCAUCUGACCUAUCACAGAAUCUCAGUUAGUAAACAAUUUCCCCUUCAACCUACUCAUUUGUUGGCUUGAGUUGUCAUCUUUUUGGCCACCAUUUGCUUUGUUCCCAUUCCAUAGAUGUAGUUCUGAUACAUAUUUUUGUUGUUUUCUUACAGCAACAACUACAGUCUCUACCACAACAACCACAGUCUCCACCACAACUAUUGCCACCACACCUCAAGUGAUUAUCACCACAAGUACUCCUUCUCCCUUAAUAACCACAGUUACUUUCCCACAAGCCUCUCCUUUUAUUUCAAAUAGCCCUGAUUCCCCCACUGCAGCCCCCACUGAUGCUCAUAUUCCAACAAUGACCACAUAUUUUGUGACGACAGACAUGGCUUUUCUUACAACUGUUUCUCCAUCAGUCAACUUCAAACCAUCACCAACCCGUCGCCAGGACGAGUUGACCGAAAAUGUCUGUUGUUUUUUUACCACAGUGACUGCCCCUCCAGCUACAGGUACAAUGCUUAACCCAGAAGAACUGCCUCCUUUAAGUUCUAUUUAUUUCUUUAUUUGCUCUAAGAAUUUAUAAAAUGCUUGAUAUAAAAUAGUUAACUGGUGAACAAGAUGGCAGGGGGACCAGCCAUAAGAUAACAUUGAAAGCAUGACUGAAUAUUCUUCAGUAAUAAUCAAAUCCGCUGCAAACAAAAAGACAGCUGUUCUCCUAGGGAAAGUCUGAGUAAAAUAGAAAGGGUUUUCAACAGGCAUUGAAAGCACACAAGCUACAUACAGGCUGUCAAAUUAGAAAUGAUGGUGGAAGUUCUGGGUGAAAUAACUGGAAAUCCAUAUAAAGACAGGACAAUUUAAAGCAUAAAAUGGCAUAAGUGAGAAGGUAGGUGGAAGUGGAGAAGUGAACUCAUUCCUCCUAAACACUGGCUCUCCCCAUAUGCCCCCACCUGGCAAUCUGGGACCAGAAGUAGCUCCAACUGAAAAACCAGCUAGGUUAAGCAACUUUGAGGAGAAAAGAAAAGAAAGGGGGUGGGGAAUAGCUCCCCACUUCUUCUGUGCUCCUUUUAAAAUAUCCCCCCUAACCCCACCUUCCACUUUAUCUGGAUUGCUCUUCCCUCACAGUUACAGUCAUACCUCUGGUUGCGAACGUGAUCUGUGCGGGAGGCACAUUCGCAGCCCGAAGCAUUGUGUCUGCACAUGCAUGUGAUGUCAUUUUGUGUUUCUGCGCAUGCGCGAGCACCGAAACCCGAAGUAACCCGUUCCAGUACUUCCGGGUUCGGCGCAGUCCGCAGUCCGCAGUCCGCAACCCGAAAACGCACAACCUGGAGCUUUCGUAACCUGAGGUAUGACUGCAGUUGCAUUCUUAAGUGUGUUCCAUUGUCUGUCGGCUUGAAGUAUUUCUUAGUUCUGUAUUAACCUUUGCUGCAACAGAUAUAGCUUGACUGCGUGACCCCAAAAAUGCCUUUAUUUCAUGGGCCUGGGCAUUUCUCCCAGAACCCAAAGGCAGAGCCAGUUUUGCAGAAGUCAAGUGUACCCUGGAACACAGUUACUUAAAUCACAUUUCAUGUUCCAGAUUGUUGGCGCUAGGACCAAAGAAACACAGAAGUUUCCUUUCCUUCUGCUUAUGAGCUUCCUCAUUUCCCAUGCAACCCACCAAAACAAUUGUUUUCAAUUCUCCAUUUUGAGCUAUUCUUCAAGACUUUGUUAAUGCAAGUCAGACCAUGUAAGGAUGUUGCAUUCACAAGAAGGAUUCUUCAUGGCAGAGAAGUCUGCCUAUGAUGAAUCCUACUGUAAAGGAUUGGCCAGACUCCCCGGUGGCCUCUGUGAAACUGUCCUCAGAAAUUCAGAUUCUAGAUUUGACAUGUGCGUUCAUGACUUAAUUGUUUUGUUUUCCACAAUCCAAUUCCUAGCCACAAACAGCAGCCAACAUCCAAGUCUGGGGAUGGGCAGGGGGAGGAAGGAGGGCUCAUUGAUUUCCUGUUGCUCCCAUGUGAAAAGACCCCAUAAACUUAGGCAACAAUUCCAGAAUAAAACCCUCUCUUCUGAAAGAGAAAAAUUCUAACCAUAUUUUUCGCCCAUCUCACUUUAAAAACAAAAACCAAUUCAAGGCUUUCCUCAGAUAAUUCAGAUGCCUGAAAAGCUUGCCAAGUCAGUCAGUAUUUCCAUAUUACCUCGCCCCCCAAUAUGCACUCUGGUGAAAUGGUGUGAUGGGGCUGCAAACUGGAGAGUUCCUGGAAGCCUGAAAUUUACAAUACUGUAAGUGUCAGACCAUUUGUGAAAAAUCACUAAAGAUAAUUUCCCUGAAGGUUCUCCUAUGCAAUGGACAGUUUGUGGUAAUUAUCGUAGGAACCAGGAAAAAGUAAAAACGCCAGCAUUAUAAGGCAAUAUCCUACCUGGAGGUAAAGAGAUCACAGUGGAAUAUGUUAUCUGUUCUUUUCCAGUGUUUGGUGGGAACAUACUCCUAAGUGGAAGGAAUUAUGGGACCUGAGAUGCAUGAUGAGAAACAAAGCCAGGGCCCCAACAUUAUGUUUGUUGUCUCCACAGCCCCCAUGUUGCCUGAAGGAAAGUAGAUGAAAGUAGUGGAAAGUGGUGGUGGUUGUGGGACUACCCAAGAUGUGUAUACAGUUUAAUGUGAAUAGAUUCUUAAACCUGCCCCUUGCUACACAGUCCUGGGCUCAAAAGCAGCUGUUUGCCUCAGUGUCUCUCAUUCCUGUGGCAAUGGAGCUGCUGCUGGAUGAUCCCUAUGAGCUCAGUAGACUGUCUCUCCUGCUGCUUUCUCCUCCACUGUAUUCUCUAGGUUAAGGUUACCAGAUGUCCCCGUUUCCCGGGGACAGUCCCCAGAUUUACAAAUCAACCCUCUGACAAAAUCCAUCUAUUUAGUAGGAAGUUGAAAAGUGUUCCCGGAUUCAUUGAAAAAAAUCUGGUAACCUUACUCUAGGUGGGUGUUUUUAUUGUCUACAUCAGCACUGUAGUCUACUCAGUCAAAUGUUCCUCUUCAAAUCCCUUAGAAUCUCCUCAGAGAACUGCCCCUUACUUCUCAGAAGACCAAACCCUUCAGUCCCCCAAAAGUGCUGUGGUUCACCCACAGAUGUCAGAGAACUCCACUGGAAACAGGAAUGGAAGUGAAAAUCCCCAACAUUCACAUGAUAAUCAGAAGUCAGGAAUGGAAAUGACUCCAGCAAAUAACAAGUAGGUAUUCACUAUUCUUUUUUUACCCGGAAAUGUUACACAAGUCAUUACAUUAUUUUCUGCUCUUUUUCCUAACAUUCCCCUUCCACUGAAAUGCACUGAAAUUAAUUACAUUAAUUACAUACAUUUCGGCCAUAGCGAAUAGUGAGAUGAGUAACAGGUUUUAGCAGAAGCUGAACUGCAAUGGAAAGAAAAGGUGCUGUUUGUGAUCAACCUGGGAUGGGAAUGGCUGCCUCCUUGUAACCCUACUCCAGGCAUUCCACAAGGUUCCAGUGGUUAGGGUGGUUUCAUUUGAUUCAUAAUCCCAUGUACUGGAAGAAUAUCUGUGGUGUCAUGUUCUCAUUAGUAGCUUAUAGCUGCAAUGACAUUAUAAAGAUGGCCACCACUGCAAAUAAAAAUAAAAGAAAUUUAAUUUUCUCCAUGUCUGUUCAACCAGUUUUAUUGUGUAAACUCUCAUUGGAAUGUUAUAAGCUUUAAAAUGUGUAUUUAUGAUUUGUGAUCCUCAUUUUUUUCCUCUUUUUUUUUAGCCAAAACCAGUUUGGAAUUUCUGAUAUGCUAGUAACAUAUAAGGUAUUUAUUGUAUUUGGUUGCUUACUUUUCCAACAAGCUCAGACUCCUGCCAUAUAUGUACACAGGGAAAAGCAUGGGAUUUGGAGCAGAAACUUUAGCCAGUCAGAAAGGGGUUAAGUGAGGGGUUACCAACAUUUGGGGGUCAGUGGGCAUAUCUUGACACCAGUUACAAAAUGACAGCUGUGGGGCCAUGUCAGAACACAAAAUGGCUGCCACAUCUAAAAGAGCAGAAAAAGAGAUGGGGCCACAAAAUGGUGCAGGCAUGAUCCCUCUCCCACAACAGUCAACCUGUCAAUGGGCAGAAAUCCAUCUAUAUCAGCCACCACCAGACUUGUUCAUGGAGGGAAACUCUUUGUUCCUCUUCUCUGUUCAGAAUGGGUGGGAAGGUGUGUGUCCAAUCUUGACACUCAAUUAAAUGUGACAGGUUUAAGGGAGUAUAUUCAUUGUAGGAGAGACUGAGCCAGUGCAAACAGGAAUGGAAUAGAAAGAUCAAGUCUCUGAUGUAUCGUGGAUUUUUGAGAUGUUUACUGAGACUUUUCAUGGGUGCCAUAGAUGAUACUAGUGGGCACACUGGUACCAAUGGGUUCUGUAUUGUCAACCACUGGGACAUGCAUUACUUCCCUGAAUCCUUCUCCUGCUCUACUCCAGGGAAGAAAAGUCAGGCCUUCAGCAUACAUCUGCAUAUGCUUUUUCUGGCCAUAAUGUAAGCACACAAGGGAUUACCAUGACAAGGCUGUUCCAAUUUACACCCUCAAAGAUGCACCCUGAUCCAGGUGAAAGAGAAAUCUAUUGAAAGCUUGUCCCCAGCAUGUGUAAAUGUUCUUUUACUUACAUCUCUAGUUCUGAUCUUUAAAUGUAAAAGAAAAGUGAACUCGUAUAUUUGGAAGCUAGAGUGGGUUGGAUCACAAAAUCCAACUCAAGUGAAAUGUGCUGAUCGAUCCACUCCUUUCAGCCCACCAACUGGAGCUUCGGGCCAGAACACUGGUGCCCAGGUGUCCUUGUCUGUUGGCAAACGUAACCUGGAUCAUAACAGUUUUAAAAGCCUAUUUGGUUUGUAUUUUUUCCUGUUAGGAAGUGCUGAUUCUUGGUGCUAUUGUGCUUUUGGUUCUCAUCUUGAUUCCAGCAGUACUGCUAAUGAGACGUAAGUAGGAAAUAUGCAGUUUGUACUCUGUAUUAAAUAAAUGCUUGGUACUGAAGAAAUCUUUUGGAACUUUCCCCUAACAAAGCUCUAGUUUGCUAAUCUAGUCCUAGAGCACACUAGCAAGACAACUCAUUCUCAUUCCAGGAAUGCCUCUGACAUUUCAUAGACCAUUCUCUCUUCGCUGGUUGGUUGGUUGGUUAGUUGGUUGGUUCCUCCCUCCCUUCCUUCCUUCCUUCCAUGCUGGAGAGGAGAGAGAGUAUUUAUUUUAUUCAUUUGAUUAUAUUUAUCAAUUAAAAAAUCUUCAAGUGAUUUAAUAGUAAAAACAUCAACAAAAACCAUUAAAACCAACUCAAUAUUUAAAGUAAUUUAAAACAAUUUAAAACAAACAAAAAAUAAUAAUUCAAAUCCAAUACAGAUGCAAACUGGGAUAAAGAUUUCUACAUAAAAGUGUAAAAGAAAUCAGCAUUUUAGUGUGAAUUUCUCCUAAUCAAUACAUUUUUAUAUGCAGUUUUGACCACCACAGUGGUACCUUGGGUUAAGUACUUAAUUCGUUCUGGAGGUCCGUACUUAACCUGAAACUGUUCUUAACCUAAUGGGGCCUCCUGCUGCCGCCGCACCACCGGAGCACGAUUUCUGUUCUCAUUCUGAAGCAAAGUUCUUAACCUGAAGCAAUAUUUCUGGGUUAGCAGAGUCUGUAACCUGAAGCGUAUGUAACCUGAAGCGUAUGUAACCUGAGGUACCACUGUAUGGACUCUUUUUUACAAGCAAUUUUCCCAGCAUUUUUGUAUGUUAUUUUCACAAACAUCUUCAUUUUUAUGCACUUUCCCCAAUACGUACAUUAAUCUUUGUAAACAUUGCUUGGCUGGAGAACUGCACCAGAUAAGGAUGGCUGCAUUUCUGUUUGUAUAUUGUUUGAGAAAGUGCAGACUGCAUAGAUUUGGCUUUAAAUGCAUACUGAAAUGAACUCCCCCCCCCCAAUCCCUACUCCCAGGUAAGUGUGUGUAGGACUGAGCCCUUGCACCAGUCUUAAGCAAAGCUAUCAGAUUCAUGCAUAAUCAGCACCAUAAAACAGCAAUAUACACCAAAAUAAAAUUGUAUUUAAACAGAGUAGACUAUCAGCAUAAAAAACAACUCAAGUGGUUGUGAAGCACCAGAAUGUUGAACAAAACUGUGUUCCUGCAGCAAUGUCCCUCCAAUUUCACAGAGCUUUAUUCUCUUUUCUCUUCUUUCUUAAAAGCUGCACACUCUUCUCUAGCACUGCAGCCCAUGACUCCUAUGAUUAUUAAGGAAUAGGGAGCCUUGCCACUUUCAGUGCUCCAUUUUUCUUCCAGUGCAUGAAACCCUCUUGGGUGAAUCUUUGAAGUCACCCUCAGCAAUCUCUUUCUGUGUGGUCUUUCAGUUGUGCACAAAGAAGAGUCCUGACUGCUUGCUAUGCUAUUCCUGUUGCUUUUAGUGAAAGUUUUCUACUCCUCAAGAGUUGUGUAUUAUGACUUAGCCAAGUCUGUUGGUUCACUAAAUUGCAUCAUACUGUCCUAGAAUAGAUGUUCCUCUUAAAACUAAUCAAUCUUCAUUCCCUCUCUAGGUAAAAAGAUUAGAAAAUACCACAUUGACGAAACCAAAAGGUUAGAGUUUAGUUUGCAAACCAAUUCUUUUUUGUGUCUAAUUGAAAGAGAGACAUAAUAAUUUUUAUAUGAGCCCACACUAACGUUUCUGGUUCUAUUUAUUCUCCUUUUCCCUUUGUGUUUAUUACCCUUACCCAAUAGCCCUGUCAUUUUUCAAUUUUUCUUUUAGACUAUAAGUAAGCCUCAGGGCAGGACUUGAGUUCUUUUCUUGGGAAAUAUCAAUGUGGCCAUAGUAAUUGUUCUGCACUUAUCCAAUAGAUGCUAUCCCGUAGGCUUUAGAUGCUAAUAUUGAAGGGGGGGGUGGAGUAAUUAGGAUUUAUUUAUUUUUUACUAUCCUAAGAAAUCUGUUAUCCUAAGAUGUAUGUUGACACAACCACUACACUUACAGACUCCAAUGACUUUCAGGCCCAACUAAAUCCAUGUAUUGUACAAUACUUUUACCCAUUUGUGGGUUGGCAAUCUUAAUUUGGCACCGGAACUACAGUAUAGUGAAAGAAACUGAGCUAAAUGAAUAAGUUAAACAAAACAACCGUGUACUUAUUUACUAUAAGCUUUAAAAGACUCGUGCUUGUCUUUGCAGCUUAAACACACAUGAAGAACCCGAACAAACACUUGCUGAAACAGGAGGAGAGAAUGGAAUGUUUCCUCUGUAGCAGUUGCAUUUUUACAUUCAAAUCUAGCUACAAAUUCAAGAUCCAUGAAUGGAAGCAUUUUGAAGAAGCAUUCCUGAAUGAUAGAUUGCAUAACUUAUGCUGAUCGCCCUAUUGCAUCUAUUUGCCAACUAACCACUUCAUCUCUCUCUCCCCCCCCCCCCGGCUUCUCUUCUUUUAUUGGGCUCUCUUCCCUGCUUCCACCUUUCAUGUGUAAUUUUAAAAUCCUGUACUAAGCAUAAAAUGAAUGGUAAAUAAUGGCAGUGGCUGUUAUAUUAGUUGCAGCUGUGGCAGCAGCAGCAACAGCAUGUUGGUCUAUUUUCCAUCUGGUAGUAUUCUGCUAUUUCAUCAAUUACUAAUAAUGCUAAACUCUAUUACUUAAACAUUUUCUUCCUCAAAUUUCUAGCUGUUUAGCUUACAUCAUGCAAAUCCUUUUACAAGUAAUACAUUUUAAUCAUGCUAGUGAUUAAUAUGUAAAGAAGCAUUGCGGAAUUAUUGUUAUGGGUAAUGGUAGUAGCACUGUAUUUAGACAAUGUAUAUACAGCACUGCUUAAUUACAGCAGUCUCUAAGUGGUGUACAAGGAAUGCAAUACAAUAAAAAUAAAAAUUGGUUAAAUCUAUUAAAAAUGUUUAAAAUAAAUCAAAUCCUUAAGUAAACUAUUCAUGUAUUGCCUAAUGAUGAGGACUUGUGCCUUGUGCAGACUGCCCCAGAAAUGCAAGUGAGAAGUGCUCUCCUCCAUGUGUUUGAGCUAGCUCAUGUUUGAUUUUUUGUUUUAGCUCAUGAACAAUAUUUGCAUUUUAAAGAGUUUGAUACUCUAACAGCACAAGCCUAUGCAAGUACUUAUAAUUCUUAGUUUAAUGGGUAGGUGUACAUAGAACUGCAGCUUCAGUGACCUGAUCAGUUAUUGUGAACCAUCUAGGCUCUGUAUCUUGGUAGAUUCAGUGUGGCCAUUGCCUUCAGUUUAUUCAGUCAUUUUCUUUGGAAGUAACAUGUCCAUGAGAAUGUUGCACACUGCCACAAUAAAUGGAAAUACAUGCCUUUCUGUUCUUUUACAGCAUUUUGCAGACAGACUAGGGUUAAUGUUUGAAAAAAUUACAAGUGUAUAGUGCUACCUAAAGUUUAAGAGUUGAUUCUUGAAUCUUUGCUGAGAUUGAUUUCAUAGGCACUUUCCUAUGCAUUCUGUUCCAUUACUCAAAUUCUUUCCCCAACAUUUUUGCAGUCCUGUUAUUCAAUAUCCUAAGACAGCUAGAACCAUUAGCGCAGUUUGCACCAUGGUCUUGCGAUGGAAACCAUACCUUCGUUCCUGUUUGUCAACUGCCUCCAUGUUGUCUGAUGUUGCCUCCAAGCUGUUAACCGGGCAUUUUGCCCAGUCUUGAAGAAUGAGAAAUAACCGUGGUGCAGUUACAACUUGUCUGUUACUCUUUCUUCCAGAUAUAGCAAGUUGGUGGGGCUGAAAGGGGGAGACAACCGCAGUAGGGGGGUAACUAGAAGUGGAAAAGCACCUUCUGUAAGGGUAGUGCACAAUGUGGAAUGCCUCCUUUGACCAAUGAACAGACAGGAUUUGAUUCAAACACUCCCAACCUAUCUGACAUAUCAUUCUGAAAAGUUAUAAUGCAUCAUACACAUGCACUCCUCAAGAUAAUGGAGAAGCCAGUCUGAGCAAAUCUGCCUUAUGGAGACCGUGCCCCAGAAAUGUAAAUUAGGUGCAACACAGGCACCUGAGCAUUCCUUCUUCCCCACCUUGCUCUCCAUAUCCUCACUUCCAAUUAUUUACUCUGGCUCAUGUUUGAAUUUACAAAGGAAAUCAGAGGACAGGAACCUGCACGGAACGCUAAUGAAUUCUGUUGGGACAUAUGUAAAUGGAAAUGCACUGAACUAAUUCAUGAGGAACUGAUACCAGCUGUCAGCACAUUUAAUGAAAGGUUAAAGAGAUCUUUUGGAGAAGCAACCAAGAGAGACUUACAUUCCUCUAAAGAAAUAAGGCAUAAGAAAUACAAUCCCGGGAUGCAGAGAAACUUGGCAAACAUGGCAGCUCUUUAAAGAGCGACAAAGUAAAAGAAAAAGAAAAAAAGACGUAUUAAGGUUAACAUUCCUUCUCACUUAAGAAGUCCUUCAAAGCAGGGAUGAGUGAACUGACUGACCCAUUAGUACCUUAUUGCAAUUCAGAAUCUGUUAGCCAAAUUAAGUUUGAUAAAAGCUUCCAUGU